GUUGAGCGCAUGAGUUCGAGUACGGUGGAGAAAAAGCCAGCCAUAUCUAUAUCGUCGGAGGCCUUGGGACUGCGUAUCUUGGGACUAGAGCUAACAAGAGGCUUGUGCAGACUUGACCAGCCCUGUCCCGACAAAAGGAAUAUAAAGGGCCUUUAUACAUUUCCCGCGAAGAGAUCCGAAUUUGAGAAGACACGAAUUAUGACCCUCCCACCACUCCUUACAGGCCAAGUAUGUGCCAUCACCGGAGGUCUUACAGGCAUAGGCAGAGCCAUCGCCAUCACAUUCCUCUCUCAUGGGGCAAAAGUGGCCAUCAACUACCUUGCCUCGCACAACAAGGACGAAGAAACGCUUCUGUCAUCACUACGCACUGAAGCGUUUGACGCCAUCAAGGCGCGUUCAGGGAAUAACAGCACAACUUCGUUGCGGAGUCCCGAUGAAGUCCCCCUGCUUACAAUAGACGGAGAUAUCUCGCAGCCAGAGGCGGGCCAGAUCCUCGUCCGGCAGACAGUCGAGCGGUUUGGAAGGCUAGACACGUUCAUCUCCAACGCGGGUAUCUGUCGAUUCGAAGAGUUCCUCGAGAUUUCGCCUGAAAGCUGGCAGCGCCAUCUGAACACCAACCUGUCCGGCGCUUUCUAUGCCGUCCAGGCAGCGGCACAGCAGAUGACUCGCCAGACGCCGCAAGGGGGAUCGAUCAUUGGAAUCUCGAGCAUCUCGGCGUUGGUGGGCGGCGCGCAGCAGUGUCACUAUACGCCGACCAAGGCCGGGAUAUUGAGUCUCAUGCAAUCCACAGCAACGGCGCUAGGCAAAUACAACAUUCGAUGUAAUGCACUCUUGCCAGGCACCAUCCGCACUCAGUUAAACGACGAAGAUCUUGCUGAAGGCAGUGAGAAGAAGAAAUAUAUGGAGGGCAGGAUCCCGCUGGGAAGACUAGGGAAGCCGGAGGAUAUGGCUGGACCGGCGGUCUUUUUGGCAUGCGGCGAGUUGUCCUCGUACGUUACUGGCGCCACGAUAUUGGUUGACGGUGGCGCCUAUGUGAACUUUCAAUAGUUCGGAAACAGCCCGGUUGGUGGCUUUGCAGGCUUUGUACACGGAGAAUAUGACGCAAAAUGGCGAUAGAACCAGGUUGUGAACCAGGUUGUGCCAUACUUCAGGGUAGCUGGAUGUUGUAUGCCUCGACUGCUGUACCCGACCAGACUCGCUUCUUCUGUUCCUCGGAGAGGCCUUGGUCGUCGAGUAUGGCACUGACCAAGGCGUACCAAUGGCCCCAGGACUUUCGAAUCCCUGGUCCUCCAACGUUGCAUACCGGCCAGUCAGACCCGAACAUGACCCUGCUCGGUCCAAAUGCACUGAACACCACAUUCACCCACGGCCGUGUUUGUUCCACAAGACUUGCAAUGUCUGUGGGGUUGGUCUCGUCUUGAGGUGGGAGUUCCGAGAACAAGCCAGACAGUUUCAUGUACGUCGAUUUAUGUGACGACAUCUUCCGAAUGCAUUCUUUCCAUCUCAUAAA